UUCUUCUUAAAUUCUCCGUCUCUUCGGCCUCGUCCUCUUUCCACACACAUACAAUUACACACAUUGAGUGCGUGAGCUGAGCUGAGCUGAGCUAAAUUAGUCACUUUUACGAUUAAUUUUUUCCACAAUGGCUACUGAGACGAUCAUCUCAUCCGACAAUCCAUCAACGAUCAUGAAGACCAUGACGAUCAGCACACCAUCAUCCUCAUUUCCGGCACCAGACAAUGCCGCCGGCGACGUCGCCGUUUCGGACGACUGUUUCGAGGACGGAUGUAGCAUUUGUCUGGAGCCUUUCAGCUCACACGAUCCUCCUACUGUCACCAAUUGUAAGCAUGAGUAUCAUUUGCAGUGUAUUCUUGAAUGGUCACAGAGAAGCACAGAAUGCCCUAUAUGUUGCCAACUUCUUGAAUUAAAGGAUCCCACCAGCCAAGAGCUUUUAUGUGCUGCAAAAGUUGAGAGAAGCAAGAGAGCAAGAAGUAGUAUCCGUGUUGUUUAUGAGGGUCCUGAAGUGAACCACGAUUCUUCUUAUGUAAUUGAUCCUGAUGAGGAGGAGCAAUUUCUGCAGCAUUUUGCUGCUGCUACAAGCAGAGCCCGUCAUGUUAACAGAAGCAGAAGGCAAACAGCAUCACGACUAGAUUCUUCCGAAGUAUUCCCUACUGUCCCUUCGGAAAUUGGGAUUAACUUGACUUAUGGGUUGGAGGGUGGUUUAGUUACUACAGGUGCACCAGCUAGCACCAUUGAGGUAGAAGCAUCAUCAGCAGUUCCUUCUGUUGUGGAUGUGACAUCCAUGACUCCUGAAACUGGAGAUGGUCAUGUUGGCCAUAGGAUUUUCUUUCACCAACCAUCACCUGAUGCUCCUCGCAAACUGAAUUCAUUUGAGUUCCUUGCCUUCUCUGAGUCUGUUAAAGCUAAAGUGUCUGCUGCUUCAGCCAGGUAUAAGGAAACAAUUACAAAAAGCACACGUGGUUUUAAGGAUAAGUUGUUGGCUCGCAAUACUACGGUCAAGGAAUUGGGUAGAGGAGUUCAGCGCGAGAUGAGUGCAGGCAUUGCUGGAGUUGCAAGAAUGAUUGAACGUUUAGAUCUUUCCUCAAAAAGAACUGGUGUUUUUGUUCCUCAGUCAAGUGCUCCGGUAGAAACUCCAGGAGCACCGGCCCCGACCGCCGAUACGGUGAACUUCUCACACGAAGGAAAGAGUGUAGAGGAGAGCAUUGCAACUCAGUAUCCCAUCGCAGGUUAUAGGGAAAUUACACAUGGUAUGAGUUCUGAUGUUCUGUCAUUCAACUCCACUACCAGACCAGCCCAAGCGGAUGUUUCUCUUAUAUAGAGCAAUUGCUGACACUUCAGUGAUUGGAAUUGCUGAUCGGUGACUAUCUAUAUGUUUUCCUUUUGGAAAUGGAAUCUGCAAGUGAUGUAUCCGACGUUUAUAGAAGGAUAAUUGAUCCGCAUCCUGCAGCCUCUGUAAAAUGUGAGAUCCCAGGAAUGUCCAGGCAUAUUAUGUAUUGCACUAGCUGCACACAGUUGAUUGCAUGACAGUCUGUUUGCUUUUAACUUACCUAGUUGAGCCUCUGUCCUUUCGAGGUCCUUUGUAUUGUCCACUUUGAAAUGGAUGCCACAGCGGCUGAGAUUGAGAUCAUAAAGCCAGCUCUUUCAUUUUUAUUAUAUCUAGUAUUGAUGCAUCAUGUUACUUCUUUUA